AUGAACUCCCCUAAAAUGAGCCUCUCUCCAUUGCCGCCUCCGUCCUUCGCAUCACCUGGAAGCCCGCGCAAAAGAUCUAUUCAUGAAGUGGACGGUGCUACGCUUCCAUCUGUGGGCCCUAAACGGGCGUUAACAAACUACACCGAGAACAACCAGGAAAACCAUGACCCGAUUUCGGGGCCACAAAAGGAAGCAACAGAAUUAAAUGAAAAAGACCAUACUAUUGUUCAGCCGCCACCACAGGUAGUGAUUCCUGUUAAGACCCCCGACCAGUCCCCCGUUGCCCGGACCAUUGAAACCACAUUUGUUCCGUCGACUGCUGAGGAACCAAAUCAAGGGUCACCUGUGAAGUCUGACAUGACUGCUGCCAAAAAGCGCAAGCUGUCGCCCGCUAGCAAGGAGGUUAAGGACAAGCAAAGAUUAGAAGAAAAGGCAAAAAAAGAAGAGGAGAAGAAGAAGCGAGAAGAGGAAAAGCGCCUUAGGGAAGAGGAGAAGAAAAAGCGAGAUGCUGAGCGAGAAGAGGAGAAGCGCCUGAAGGAGGACGAGAAGAAGAAACGGGAAGCCGAACGAGAAGAAAAGAAAAAGGCCAAAGAAGAGGAGAAGGCUGCUAAAGAGGUUGCGAAAGAAGAUGAUAAGCGCCGAAAGGAGGAGGCCAAGCUUAAGAAAGAGAGGGCGCAACCUAAGCUCAAUUCGUUCUUCGCGAAACCACAAGUCCCUGCUUCCCCGACAAAGAACAUCUCAUCACCACAGAAAGCUGCACCCGUCAACAACGCAAUUAUUGGAACUUCUCAGCCACUUGGGUCUGACUAUGCCAAAGCUUUCCCGGACUUCUUCUUACAGUCCCAUACCAUCGUGGCCCCUCCACAUCGCUUUGAGCGUGACACCAACGCCUUGGCCCAUGUUCAGAACAGAAUUGAUGCUUCUCUAAAUCUCCAGAACGGCACCUAUGAACACCAACCCUUUCGUCCCACUGAAAUUUUCAAUCUAAUUCCAUAUCAAAGACGUUGUGGCCGCCAAGCGCAUUCCGUCAAGGAAAUCCUGCAACGAAUGCAUACCCUCAGUGAUGCGGCCAACCAACCACAUGUCGCGUCAGCAUCAGUCAAAUCUGACUUGAGCCAUAUCCCCAUGAAGUCGCUCAAGUUUGGGGAAGAUGUCCGUCCGGCUUACCAAGGCACAUAUACUCGUCCCAUUCCAAAGGCUGUGGCGCACAAGGUCGCUCGCAAUCCAUACCGCCGCGGCCUACCGGAAACCGACUACGACUAUGAUUCGGAGGCCGAAUGGGAAGAACCUGAAGAGGGCGAGGACUUGGAUUCUGAAGAAGAGGAAGAAGCCAGCGAUGAAGGCGAAGAUGACAUGGAUGAAUUCCUGGAUGACGAGGACGACGCGCUGAAAGAGAACAAGCGGCGUCUGAUUGUCGGCGAGCUUGAACCUGUCUGCAGCGGGAUUCGCUGGGCAACGGAUGGCGUCGACGAGGAACUCAAGGGGUACCGGAUGGAAGUAAUCUCUGACACCGUCAAGUUCCCUAUCGAUCCGUUCUCCACUGCAUACUGGCAGAAGCCUCGUGCGACCGACCAGGCGCCCAAGGGCCGGGUCACCCAGAAGCCGGGUGGUUCCCUUGACGUGUUCCGGGUGCAACCUGGUACUGAUGCAGCCGCGGUUUUGUCAGAGUUUAAAGAGGUGGUUGAGGGUAGUGAUUUAAGUAAGAUCGGAGUGAUUGAGAUUCUCAAGAAGCGGUUCCCCAAGGUCUCGAAAGACACGCUGAAGGCCACGCUGGAUCAAGUUGCGGUGCGCGUGGGCCAAAAAGAGGUGGAUAAGAAAUGGGUCUGUCGGUGA